AUGAAUACUUCAAAAUUUAAUAUCGCUUUUCCAGUUUUUAAAACAGCCAAGCAAAGAUUAGAAGAAAUAAACACAACUGUUUCAGUUUCAUCUAAUAACAUUUUAACUGAUACGCAAAAAAAAGCUGCAUAUUAUC